AUGACUACACAGUAUCCACCAGGCUAUCUCGAGCAAGACAAGGGUCCCAAGAUCUUGUCAGUGCUAUGGACCUUAACAGGUCUCACCACAAUUUUAGUGGUAGCCAGAGUUUGGACCCGGAUCAAAAUACUGAAGAAUUUUGGUGUCGAUGAUUAUCUAAUUGUCAUUGCAAUGGUCCUGGGUCUUGCUUACUGCGGAGUGGUCACUGCUUCUAUCUGGGCCGGCUUUGGAAAGCACGCCUUAGCACUCCCGGAGGAGAAGAUGGAGCUUGCAAUUAUGCUCAACACUGUUAGUUUCCUGUUUGGAAUUCUUUCAUUCACCGUUCCCAAGCUUGCUGUAGCAGCCAUGUUGAACCGGAUCCUGAAUCCGGGCUGGUUAGCUAAGACUUGGCUAUGGCUUGUUACUGGGCUUGCUGCUACUGUCUCUUGCAUUUGCAUUAUUAUUCUCUUCACAAUGUGCGACCCCCCAAAGGCACUUUGGGAAGUUCACCUUCUCGCACCAGAAUACGGAGCGACAUGCAAAAGUGUGUGGAUGCUGGUAGAUUAUGCUAUCUUCACUGGAUCGCUGUCUGCAUUUGUGGAUCUUUGGCUUGCGGUCUAUCCCAUAACCGUGUUGAUGAAGCUUCAAAUGUCCUUAAGGAAGAGGCUAGCCCUCUGUGCUGCUCUCGGACUUGGUGCUAUUGCCAGCGCCAUGGCCAUUAUCAAGUGCACUCAACUGAAUGGUCUUGCUGACAAGGCGGAUUACACUUACGGAACUGCGGACCUCGUGAUGUGGACCAACAUUGAAGCCGACGUUGUUGUAAUUGCUUCAUGCAUUCCUACCUUGCAGCCUCUCCUCGAAGUCAUUUUGGGCAACCGUGCGAUGGGCUCUUACAGCCAGGGUACCGGCAAUCGUUAUAAGGGGGCCAGCAAGCUCCAGGAUGACUCUACUCUUGAUCACAGCAACUGGUCUAAUCCGGUUCGUAAAGCCGUGACAAACGUGGAAAGUCAGGAGAGUCAAGAGAGCAUCCUCCCGCCUGAUGAAUUCCAGCGCAACAAUAAUUGCCAUGCCCUGGGCAGGAUACGUCGUACCGACGAGGUGAACGUGGAAUACAACAGUCGCUCCGCUCAUGCCUACAAACAGUCUUGGUAG